ACACAGUAGAUUCCACUCUCCUUUUUCCCAUUCGAAAAUUCAACCUUCACCACCUUACCAAAGAACUUUGACCCAAAAAAAAGAAAGAACAAGAAAUUGUACAAAAUUCAUCCUUGUAGCCUAGAUUCACGCUAGCAGUACACAAUUGGUAUCAGAUCUUCGAUUAAUCCUCAUUUUGAUCGUGGAAACAAGAAUGAUCCGGUUCAUACUAUUGCAAAACAGGCAAGGCAAGACUCGUCUCGCCAAAUACUAUGUUCCUCUCGAGGAUUCCGAGAAGCACAAAGUCGAAUACGAGGUUCAUCGAUUAGUGGUCAACAGAGAUCCCAAGUUCACUAAUUUCGUUGAGUUCCGAACACACAAGGUCAUCUACAGGCGGUAUGCUGGAUUAUUUUUCUCUCUCUGUGUUGAUAUAACAGAUAAUGAAUUGGCAUAUCUAGAGUGCAUCCAUCUAUUUGUGGAAAUAUUGGAUCAUUUCUUCAGCAAUGUGUGUGAGCUUGAUUUGGUAUUCAAUUUUCAUAAGGUUUAUCUGAUUCUUGAUGAAUUCAUUCUUGCUGGGGAACUCCAAGAAACGAGCAAGAAGGCCAUCAUAGAAAGGAUGGGAGAGUUGGAGAAGCUUGAGUAAACUUCUGCAUUGAGCAGUGUUUACGGACGUUAUUUUUUCUGUACUUUUUUUACCCCUACUCUUUUUUCUUUUAAUUAUUAUUUUUGGAAUUUGUUUGCUCAUUUGUCACAGCCAGUUCUUCUCUUGUAAUAUUUGAAGAUUUUGAAAGGAAUUUCACAUCUUUGUACA